AUGACAGCGAUCGAAGAGGCUCCCGUCCAAGACGAACAGGUGAAGGUGUUCGUGAGAAUUCGGCCCUUGCCUCACGGAACCACUAACGCGGUUACAGUGACCCAUGACAACAUAGUCCGGGUGUCCAAGGAGAAAGCCAAGACCUUCCGGUUCAGCAAAGUGUUCGACGAAAACGUAUCCCAGCUGGGGGUGUACCAAGGGACGGCGGCCUCGAUCGUGGACCGCGCCCUUGGAGGUUACAACGGAACGAUCUUCGCCUACGGUCAAUCGGGGUCCGGGAAAACGUACACCAUGUUCGGCGACCUCACCCGGAGCGACCUCAAAGGCAUCGUACCGAACGUAUUCGCUCACAUCUUCACCCGAAUGUCGCUGGCCGGUGCCGACACGUCCUCCAUAAUCACGGUGACCUUCGUCGAGAUAUACAACGAAGAGGUUAGGGAUUUGCUGAGCGCUUCACGACAGAAACUGGAGAUCAGAGAGGCUGCGCACCUGGGGGUGUACGUGAAGCACCUCUCCGGCUACACUGUGGAAUCGAUGGAGAAGGUUUUGGAGAUGAUAGAUACUGGCAAUCGAAACCGCUCGACGGGAUGUACGAAACUGAACGAUCGCAGCUCGAGAUCGCAUGCUAUUUUUACGGUUCUGAUAGAAACGAGACGUCCGGAUGGAGCGACCACCUUCGGAAAAUUAAACAUGGUCGAUUUGGCCGGCUCCGAAAGAGCGGAUAAGAGUGGAGCUUCGGGUGACAGACUACGCGAAGCCGGCAAGAUAAACAUGUCGCUUAGUGUUUUAGGACGAGUUAUCUCUGCCUUGGGACCUUCUCACGUCCCCUACCGCAACUCCAAACUUACCAGACUACUUCGAGACUCUUUGGGAGGUAACUGUUUCACCGCUAUGAUAGCCACCGUGAGCUCAAGCGCCGACCAUUCCGAGGAAACGUAUUACACCCUGAUGUAUGCCGAUAGAGUGAAACAUGUAAGGAACCGCGUGACGCAGAACCGCAGCGGAGUGGGCGUUUUGGAGGAGCUCCAGGACAAAAUUACAUCAUUGCGGAAACAGCUGAGAUCGCUGAACUUACGCGAGAAGCGACGCAGUAAGAGCCUAGGCGACUUCAGGGAGAUAUUGGAAAUUGAAAAGCAAAAGGAGGCACUCUUGGACAGAAUGUUGACCAUUCAGAGGAAGAUACUGGUGGGGGGCGAGAAUUUAAUGGAGAAAGCACACCUGCAACUCGAGCUACUCGACGACGCAUCCAAGGAGCUGACGCAUCUGGACAGCUCCCAUCAGCUUUUACAGGAGUUGUUGAACAAGAAGGGCGAAGAGGUGAAGCUCGUGGGUAGACAGUGCUCUACGCUCGAAGAGCUGGAUAAACGUUUGGACUGUGAACUUAAAAAAGCUGAGAGAGUUGUGGACAAGGCAACGUCGUUAUUGCUCGAGAAAGAGAGCGAGUAUCAGAACGAGAUCGGCAGUUUGCUGUAUACCAACGAGUGUUUGGCCAAGGAUAUGGGCCUGAUGAGGUGCUUAAUCGAGAACAGCAUCGGCAAAGAGCACAGGGAUAAGCUGAUGGAGAACGUGACGUUCGACGAUGACGCGGGCGAUUGGAAAAUGAAGUUUGUAGCGAGCAGCGGGAACAAUCUGAAGAAAAGGCGGGCGACUAAUAAGCAAUAA